UAGCCCAUAUCCAAUUAAAUUUGUUGAUCUGUUGUCAACUUCCGGAUCUUGGUCUCCGUCGUAAUCCCCAAUUCAGCACCGGUUGGCGACCCACCAAAUUCAAUUCCAUCGAAAUUUAAAUUUAAACCCACACCAUCGUUUCUCCUUUAUAUAUAUAAUCCAACAAUUCAUCAUAAUCUUUCUCGAAUCAUCCAUUUUCAUCUUUUCUCUGCUUUUUUUCGCUUGAUAACUUUGUAUUCGUCGCAAUUUAACCCGAGAAUUUUCGAAUUGCUGUUUCGAUUUGAUCUCAAUUGCAAUUUACUUUAAUUGGAAACCCUAAUUAAUCGACUUUCGCGAAAAAUGUUUAACGGAAUGAUGGAUCCUGAGUUGUUUCGGCUUGCGCAAGAACAGAUGAAUCGAAUGUCUCCAGCUGAGUUAGCCAAGAUCCAAGAGCAGAUGAUGUCUAAUCCGGAGUUGCUUAAAAUGGCCUCGGAAGGCAUGAAGAAUAUGAGGCCGGAGGACUUAAAGAUGGCUGCGGAGCAAAUGAAGCAUGUUCGUCCUGAAGAAAUGUCUCAGAUUGGUGAGAAGAUGGCUAAUGCAUCACCGGAAGAAUUUGCAUCAAUGCGUGCUCAUGCUGAUGCUCAAAUGGCUUAUGAGUUGAAUGCAGCUGAAUUUUUAAAGAAACAGGGAAAUGAGCUUCACAGUCAGGGGAAGUAUCAGGAUGCUGCAGAGAAAUACUUGCGUGCAAAGAACAAUCUAAAGGGCGUUCCAGUUGCCAAAGGUAGAGCACUGCAGUUAGCAUGCUCGCUUAAUCUGAUGUCAUGUUUCUUGAAAUCAAGACAAUUUCAUGACUGUGUUAAUGAAGGCUCUGAGGUUUUGGUCUAUGAUGAAAAAAAUGUUAAGGCUCUAUAUCGUAGGGGUCAAGCAUACAAAGAAUUAGGUCAAGUAGAGAAUGCUGUUUCUGAUCUGAGAAAGGCACAUGAAGUUUCCCCUGAUGAUGACACAAUUGCUGAAGUUUUAAGAGAGGCCGAAGAAUGUCUAGGAAAAGAUGGUAUCACACGAACUUCAACGGGUUUAGUUAUUGAAGAAAUAACUGAAGAAAUUGAGGCUGUGUCAGCUGAGAAUGAUCAGAGAAGCAGUAGACAUUUUAAAGAUCAACCAGAAACUGUUAGCAAGAGACCAACUACAGAAUCAGAGUGUUUGCAGGCAUUGAAAGAUGAUCCUGAUACAAUCAGAUCAUUCCAGAAUUUCAUUUCCCGUGCUGAUCCUGAAAUUUUAGCCAAAACGACUUCUGGAAAAACUGGAGAGAUUCCACCUGACAUGCUGAAGACAGCAUCAAGUAUGAUCGGCAAAAUGUCACCUGAGGAACUCCAAAAUAUGGUUAAAAUGGCCUCCUCAUUUCAGGGUGAAAGUUCACCCUUCACUUCCCCUUUUGAUGGUAAUUUUGGACCUGGAUCAGUUCCUCCAAAUUUGUCACCUGAAAUGCUUAAAACAGCUGGUGAUAUGAUGGGUAAGAUGUCACCUGAGGACCUCCAAAGGAUGUUUGAGAUGGCUUCUUCUUUGAAGCAGGACUCUGUUCCCAGCUCAUCAGGUUCAUCAAGUGGUAGGUUGAGUUCAGAACCAGGGCCAAAGUUUGCUGGAACUCGUAAUGUUCCUGUUGAUAGAAAUAGCGUUAUUAGUGAGCGUAGCAAUGCUUCUGGCUCAUUUUCCACUCCUGGAAGUACUUCCCAGUCAAGCUUUCCAACAUCAAUGGGUGAUAUGCAAGAACAGAUGAGAAAUCAAAUGAAAGAUCCUGCCAUGCAACAAAUGUUCUCGUCGAUGUUGAAAAAUAUGAGCCCAGACAUGAUGGCUAGCAUGAGUGAGCGAUUUGGACUCAAGCUUUCUAAAGAAGAUGCUGCUAAAGCUCAAGAAGCCAUGGCUUCAUUGUCACCUGCAGAUCUAGAUAAAAUGAUGCGUUGGGCUGAUAGAAUUCAAAGAGGAGUAGAAGGUGCUAAGAAGACAAAGAACUGGUUACUGGGAAGACCGGGAAUGAUUUUAGCAAUAUGCAUGCUCCUCCUGGCUAUUAUCCUUCACCGUUUUGGCUUCAUUGGUAGGUAAAGUAAUAUCAGUAUAGUGAAGUUAAAAUUCCUGAUAUAACGCCUACAACGAUCAAUAUAGGCUAAUCGAGCCCUUAUAUAAUGCUUAUAACCGCCAAUAUAAGCUAAUUGUGCACCGUAAUUCUGGUGUUCGAGCCUACGAAUCAAGGGGUAUGUACAUCUAUUGAAGACUUAUGUAUGUUAGCAAUUGUAAGGAAGUUUUUUAUUUGUUGUACCCUUAGUACCUUUCUUUGAAGAAAUGGGGUCUAAAUUUUGUUGGGUCUAAAAAUUAGACCCCCCUAAUCUACUCAACCUUUGUAUUACUGUAGUGUUCUUGUUUUUAUCUCGCUUUGUCCCCGGCUUUCUAGAAGCCUGCAAAUUUACUAGAAUUUGAGGGAUGAAGAAAAUACAUAAUAGAAUUAGUCAAUCAUUAAGACUGGGUGUGAGUUACAAGUCUUAACAUAAAUACUUGUGGAUGUUAUUUCUACCAAAUUCGUGUUUUCUUCAAUUGUUUGACAAA